AUGGCAGCCCUGCGGCUCCUGGAGUCUGCGCUCGGGCGCCGGGUCGCCGCUGGCCGCUCGGUGCCCACGCUGGCGACAGGCGGUGUGUGCGGCUUCACCAGCAGGACCCGCGCGCGUGCCUAGUCCUACGUGGAGGCCGUGAGAGACAUCCCGGGCGGCGCGAGGAUCAUGGUCCGGGUCUUCGGCCUCUGCGCGAUCCCGGAGAACCUGAUAGGGGCGCUGCUCAAGGCCCGCGUGAAGGACUUGACCUUGGUCAGCAGCAAUGUGGGGGAGGAGAACUUCGGGCUCGGCCUUUUCCUGGGGACCAAGCAGAUCACCCGCAUCGUCUGCUCGUACUUGGGGGAGAACUCGCUCUGCGAGCACCGGUACCUGGUGGGCGAGCUGGAGCUGGAGAUCACGCCCCAGGGCACCCUGGCCGAGCGCAUCCGCGUGGGGAGCGCCGGCAUGCCCGCCUUCCGCACCCCCACGGCCUACGGGACCCUGGCCCAGGAGGGAGGCCCACCCAGCAAGUACUUAGAGGACGGCCACAUCUCCAUCCUGAGUCAGCCCAGGGAGGUGAGGGAGUUCCACGGACAGCAGUACUUUCUGGAGCACGACGUCACGGCCGAUUUUGCUUUGGUGAAAGGGUGGAAGGUCGACCGGGCAGGAAACCUCGUCUUCAGGGCCAGCGCCAGGAACUUCAACGUGCCCAUGUGCAAAGCUGCGAGAACCUCAGUGGUGGAGAUUGAAGAAAUUGUGGACCUGGGGUCGUUUGCCCCAGAGGACAUCCAUGUUCCUAACAUUUACUUAGAGGACAUCCAAGGGGGGAAAUAUGAGAAAAGAAGCGAGCAUUUAAUGACCCGGAAAGAGGGUGAUGAAAUAUGCAAGUCUGCAGACAGUAUGAGGACACGGGUCCUCAAGCAGGCAGCUCUUGCCUUUGAGGACGGCCUGUAUGCCAGUCUGGGCAUGGGAAUCCCUCUUCUGGCCACCAGCUACAUCAGCCCCAGUAUAACCGUUCAUCUUCACAGUGAAAAUGGAAUCUUGGGCUUGGGUCCGUUCCCACUGAAAGAGGAGGUGGACGCAGGUCUCAACAAUGCGGGCAAGCAAACAGUCACCCUUCUUCCUGGGGGCUGUUUUUUCUCCAGCGAUGAAUCAUUUGCCAUGAUUCGAGGGGGACACAUCGACCUAAUUGAGGUUUCCAAAUAUGGUGACCUGGCUAACUGGAUGAUACCCGGCAAGAAGGUGAAAGGAAUGGGGGGUGCGAUGGAUCUGGUGUCCAGUACCGAGACCAGAGUGAUGGUCACCAUGGAGCACUCCACCAAGGCCAGUGAACCCAAAAUUUUGGAGAAAUGUACCAUGCCGCUGAAUGGAAAGCGGUGUGUGGACUGAAUCAUCACCGAGAAGGCCGUGUUUGACAUGCACAGGAAGGGAGGACUGGGCUUCCCUGGACUGACCCUGAUCGAGCUCUGGGACGGCCUGAUGGUGGAGGACAUCAAAAAGAGCACGGGGAGCACCUUUGCCAUCUCCCCGAAUCUCAGACCCAUGCAGCACGUCUAAACCUAGCCAGAAAGUG